AUGCAUAGCUUCCUUGCCGUAUGGGCACUUGUUGCCUGCUCUCUCGUCCACGGCUACCCGGUGGAUGAGCAUUCUGCCGCCAUGCGCAGGGAGGACAAUGGCGAGACCCAGGGCUGGCCGGGCAGCACGAGCAAGCGGGAUGAUGUCGUGUCCCAGGGCUGGCCGGGCAGCACGAGCAAGCGCGACGACGUCUCGCCUCAGGGUUGGCCGGGAAGCACCAGCAAGCGGGAUGAAGUCUCGCCCCGAGGCUGGCCGGGUAGCACGAGCAAGUAA